CUUUACGCGCUCCCGCAGGGGAGCGGAGUCUUGGCAGUGGCGCCGCGGGGGACGGUGGGGCCGACGGAAGAACCGUCGGAGCUGUUGUGCGCCGCAUCUUUGUCCGGGACGCCAGUGCGGAGGACACGAUGUCGGGGCUCGCUCGCCUGCUCUUCUGGGCCGCCACCUGCCUGGCUGCGUUCUGCGCGCUCUCUGUGGAGGCGAACUCCACCGUGACUUCCAACGUGACUGAACCCGCGACUCCAGCGCCCACCAAGCCUGUCACCACCCGGGUGCCGACGCCCUCGCAGCCCACCACCGCCCCAGCACCAGAAACCUGUGAAAGCCAGAACAGCUGUGUUUCCUGUGUUAAUGCUAGCAUUGCUAAUACUACCUGCUUUUGGAUAAACUGCAAAAAAUUAGGUAGAACCUACUGUUCAAAUACUUCAGAAGUUAUUAAUUGUACUGUGGCAAAUAGCACUGACUCUUGUUCUGUGCCUACUGUUACUCCAGUACCAACCAGUUCUACAGCUAAAACCACAACUCUGCCUUCCCCUACAGCUUCUACUACAGUUGUCACAUCAGGUGCAACUAAUACCACUUUGACUCCGACCUCACAACCUACUCGGAAGUCUACCUUUGAUGCAGCCAGUUUCAUUGGAGGAAUUGUUCUUGUCUUGGGUGUACAGGCUGUAAUUUUCUUUCUCUAUAAAUUCUGCAAAUCUAAAGAACGAAAUUACCACACUCUGUAAGCAGACCCAGUAAAUUAAUGAGAACUGGCAAUUCAUUUGUGUAACUCACUGAAACCAAAAUAAUUACUUUUCAAGAAAGUCUCAUAUGGAAGAUGUUUUUCCGGGAUCUUUAAAUUUCCAAAGGAUGCAUAUAGGAUAUUUUGAAGCAUCAUCUUUGAAGAAAAAUCAGUUAACCUUUUUGCUGAACAGGAAUAUUUAAAAUAUUCUGCAUGAAUCCUUGUGGCUGUGGUCUUUUUAUUUUCAUAGCUGCUGCUGUGGGAUUAUGUUUCUUCUCUUUAUAUGCCAAAUGUCACUUUUUUAAGUGAUGGAAAAUGUCCUGUGCAGACAGCCUCUUCACUCUUGACAGUUUAAAUUUAGUCACCUUAAAGCCUGAAAAGUUAAUUUUUUUAAAAAGUCCAACUCAAGAUGUAAUUUAGUGACCAGAAUUGAAAAGGGUGUGCCAAAUGAGCAUCAGUGUAGGUGGGUUUUUGCUAUCAUUUCAAAAGCAUAAUAAAUUUAUUAAUAGUAUUAAACUGUAUCCUUAGAGUAAAAUUUUGUGCUUUGUAAGUUAUUUUUAGAAACAAGAUGCCACACAGGGAAUUACAUUCCAGAUUUAAAGAAAUGAAUGGAAAGGUUACAAACCAUUAUUGUGUAUUGUCCAUGCUGCAGAGCACCUUAUUAUCAUUGAGAAAAUAAAGAACAGUGAGUGCCUUAAAAGACAGACUAAAAGGUGGGCUGUAAUGGAAAAUUAUGUACGGUUUGUUCUUCAACAUUUAAGGAAGGUCAAGAUCGUCCUGAGGAUGUAACUAUUGAUGUGAGCAGUAAUAAACCUGCUUUUAGAUAUCAUGCUAUUAAUAUUUAAUCCAAAACAUAACUACUUUUUUUUUCAGAGCUGAGAAAUUUAAGCUAAGGAAUUUAUAAAUAAGCUGAAAGCCUUCUAUUGAACCUCCCAAGUUUUAUUUUAGGGCUGCAUAAAGAAUACAGAGAAAAUUGGUUAUCUUUCCUUUGUACUCAAAAAGUAUCCUACUACUAUUGUACUUUGAAAGAAUUUCUUUCAAGCUUUCUUGGAAAGUAACUUCUUUCCUGAGGCAAGGAAAUAAGUUUUAGAACAUUUACUAGCUUUUUAAAUGUGACAAUCGUUUUAAGUUUUCAGAUAGCAAAUAUGAAACCCUAAAAAUCUUAAGUUUUUUUUUAUCAUAUUACUAAAGAUCUUUUUAAUGAUGAUUGCCCUGGAUGAAGAGAAUGGUUUUUUUUCCCUUCCUUUCUUUGAUUAAAUACAAUAGUCUAAUCAUGCAUAUUUUUUGUUUCUAUAAGUUUUGAAAGCCUUUCAAAGUGUGGAUUGUUUGUGUUUUAGUUUUAGAAGGCUGAUUCUCCCUUUGCCUUUGACAACAUUGGAUAAAUUCAGAGACUUAGUUGGAAAUGGGCUUUUGCUUUUCUAGGUCAUUAAAGUUGUUUUAGUUUAUUUAGCCUGGAGUAAAUUUAGCAGUUGGUUUUCAGUAUUUUAUAAUUGAAAAUUACAAAUGGCUUUGGUUCAUUUCAUAAACUGAAACUUGUUUUUAGGUUGAUUGUAUUAAAGGUUCUUAAAAUUAAGAGUUACUGUUGCUUUGUCACUUGCUGGUGCAGCUAAAGUUUGUUUUACUUGCACAUUUGUACAUACACCUAAUUUUUCAAGUGCCUUAAUUGUUUAAAUCUUUGACUUCAAAAGGUUUUGGGGAAUGGUAGGUUUACCUCACAGUUUUGUGUUGUCAUUAGUAAUAUUCUAGGUACCUCACAACUUAUAAUGGUGCCAGGGCUGUUAGUUUUUAGUAAGUGCUAUAAGAUUCAUUUGAGAAUAUAUAGAAUUUCCGUUCUUCACAAGGUGGCAGGCAUUAGCUACAAUAGUAUAAUUGUCAUUUAUGUGGGUAUAAAUUCCUUGCCACACAUUGUCAACACAUGUAGCAAAUUUUGUCAAAAUAUAACUUGUUUGAAGAUUCUGUACCUUUAAGCACUGUGCUAACAGUAGGAAAUUAGAUUUUGCAAGUCUACAGAUGAGCUCUUGCAACAGAACUCAGCCUUUUCCUGCCCCUCCCCCCUUACUUUAGCAGUGUAGUAUCUUGAGCCAUUAACAUUUUUUGGGUUUUUUUAAUCCAGAAGGUAUAUAAAAAUGUUUUCAGAUUUUUCAUCUGAUUUGUUCAUGCAAAUGUAGUUCUAUCAAAUACCUUAUUUUGUCUUACAGAUACUUGUUGCACAGACAGAUACUGCUGUACUUAGAAAUUUCUAUUUUAGUUCAUUAAAAGCUGAAAACCAAUCUGUAUCAUGUACCAAACUGACUUAAAAUAAAUCUACCUGUUUAUUGAA